GCGCAUUCCGCCGCCCGCAGGCUUGCGGGGAAACUUCCUUAUUAUUGUGACGCCGAAAUCGGAGAAACCCCGAGCCGGGCGAGAGGGGCUGUGACAGUCGGAGUCCCAAGCUGCGGUUCGGCUGCUGCCGAGAACCGCAGGGUGUGGAAUAUUUCUGGCUUCUAGUCCAAUGCCAAGUGUGUGACCUGUGGCUACAUGAUUCCCUGAAAGAUAAGAACAAUGUUAUGUUGGGGAUAUUGGUCUCUGGGCCAACCUGGUAUCAGCACCAACCUGCAGGGAAUUGUGGCUGAGCCCCAGGUGUGUGGGUUCAUAUCUGACAGAAGUGUCAAGGAGGUGGCCUGUGGGGGAAACCACUCUGUGUUCCUGCUGGAAGAUGGGGAAGUUUACACGUGUGGUUUGAACACCAAGGGGCAGCUGGGCCAUGAGAGGGAAGGAAACAAGCCAGAACAAAUUGGAGCUCUGGCAGAUCAGCAUAUCAUUCAUGUGGCAUGUGGCGAGUCCCACAGUCUGGCCCUCAGUGACCGAGGCCAGCUGUUUUCUUGGGGUGCAGGGAGUGAUGGUCAGCUAGGACUCAUGACUACUGAGGAUUCUGUGGCAGUGCCCAGGUUAAUACAAAAGCUGAACCAGCAAACAAUAUUACAAGUUUCCUGUGGCAACUGGCAUUGCUUGGCUCUUGCGGCUGAUGGCCAGUUCUUCACCUGGGGAAAGAACAGCCAUGGGCAGCUUGGCUUAGGGAAGGAGUUCCCCUCUCAAGCCAGCCCGCAGAGGGUGAGGUCCCUGGAGGGGAUUCCACUGGCUCAGGUGGCUGCUGGAGGGGCUCACAGCUUUGCCCUGUCUCUCUCAGGAGCUGUUUUUGGCUGGGGGAUGAAUAAUGCAGGGCAGCUGGGGCUCAGUGAUGAAAAAGAUCGAGAGUCUCCAUGCCAUGUAAAACUCUUACGCACACAAAAAGUUGUCUAUAUUAGUUGUGGAGAAGAACACACAGCAGUUCUCACAAAGAGUGGAGGUGUGUUUACUUUUGGCGCUGGUUCCUGUGGGCAACUUGGACAUGACUCCAUGAAUGAUGAGGUUAAUCCUAGAAGAGUUCUAGAACUGAUGGGUAGUGAAGUAACUCAGAUUGCUUGUGGCAGACAACAUACCCUAGCCUUUGUGCCUUCUUCCGGACUCAUCUAUGCAUUUGGUUGUGGAGCAAGAGGUCAAUUAGGAACUGGGCACACUUGUAAUGUCAAGUGUCCAUCUCCUGUCAAGGGUUACUGGGCCGCCCACAGUGGCCAGCUUUCAGCCCGAGCUGAUCGCUUUAAAUAUCAUAUCGUUAAGCAGAUCUUCUCUGGAGGAGACCAGACUUUUGUACUUUGCUCCAAAUACGAGAAUUCUUCUCCUGCUGUUGACUUCAGGACUAUGAACCAAGCACAUUAUACCAGUUUAAUAAAUGAUGAAACCAUAGCGGUUUGGAGACAAAAACUCUCAGAACACAACAAUGCAAAUACAAUCAAUGGUGUUGUUCAGAUAUUAUCUUCUGCAGCCUGUUGGAAUGGAAGUUUUCUUGAAAAAAAAAUUGAUGAACAUUUUAAAACGAGUCCCAAAAUCCCUGGGAUUGACCUGAAUUCAACUAGGGUGUUAUUUGAGAAGUUAAUGAACUCUCAGCACUCCAUGAUUCUAGAACAGAUUUUGAACAGUUUUGAAAGUUGCCUGAUUCCCCAGUUGUCAAGCUCACCACCAGAUGUUGAAGCCAUGAGAAUCUAUUUAAUACUACCUGAGUUUCCCCUACUCCAGGAUUCCAAGUAUUAUAUAACAUUGACUAUUCCCUUGGCUAUGGCCAUUCUGCGGCUGGAUACAAACCCCAGCAAAGUACUAGAUAACUGGUGGUCUCAGGUAUGCCCGAAAUAUUUCAUGAAGCUGGUAAACCUCUAUAAAGGUGCAGUCCUUUAUCUACUGAGGGGACGAAAGACAUUCUUAAUUCCCGUACUGUUUAACAAUUAUAUUACAGCAGCUCUCAAACUCUUGGAGAAGUUAUAUAAGGUAAAUCUUAAAGUGAAGCAUGUGGAAUAUGAUACAUUUUACAUUCCUGAGAUUUCCAGUCUCGUGGACAUUCAGGAAGACUACCUCAUGUGGUUCUUGCAUCAAGCAGGGAUGAAGGCUAGACCAUCAAUAAUACAGGAUACUGUAACACUUUGUUCCUACCCUUUCAUCUUUGAUGCCCAAGCCAAGACCAAAAUGUUACAGACAGAUGCUGAACUACAGAUGCAGGUGGCAGUCAAUGGAGCCAACCUGCAGAAUGUCUUCAUGCUUCUCACUCUGGAGCCUCUGCUGGCCAGAAGCCCCUUCCUGGUCCUUCACGUUCGCAGGAACAACCUUGUUGGAGAUGCUCUAAGAGAGCUGAGCAUUCAUUCUGAUAUUGAUUUGAAAAAGCCUCUCAAAGUAAUCUUUGAUGGUGAAGAAGCAGUGGAUGCUGGUGGUGUUACAAAGGAAUUUUUUCUUUUACUGUUAAAAGAACUUUUGAAUCCCAUCUAUGGAAUGUUUACCUACUAUCAAGAUUCAAAUCUCUUGUGGUUUUCAGAUACGUGUUUUGUAGAGCACAACUGGUUUCACUUGAUUGGCAUAACCUGUGGACUAGCUAUCUACAACUCCACUGUGGUUGAUCUCCACUUCCCAUUGGCUCUCUACAAGAAGUUACUCAAUGUAAAGCCUGGAUUGGAAGACUUAAAGGAGUUGUCACCCACUGAAGGAAGGAGUCUCCAAGAGCUUUUAGAUUACCCUGGGGAGGAUGUGGAGGAGACUUUCUGCCUCAACUUCACGAUCUGCCGAGAAAGCUAUGGAGUGAUUGAACAGAAGAAGCUGAUACCUGGGGGAGAUAAUGUGACUGUGUGCAAGGAUAACAGGCAGGAAUUUGUGGAUGCUUAUGUCAAUUAUGUCUUCCAAAUCUCAGUUCAUGAAUGGUACACAGCCUUCUCUAGUGGCUUCCUAAAGGUGUGUGGUGGCAAAGUCCUUGAGCUCUUCCAGCCUUCAGAACUGAGGGCUAUGAUGGUGGGGAACAGCAACUACAACUGGGAAGAACUGGAAGAGACUGCCAUCUACAAGGGAGAUUACUCGGCCACACAUCCCACUGUAAAACUAUUUUGGGAAACAUUUCAUGAGUUUCCAUUGGAAAAGAAGAAGAAGUUUCUCUUGUUCCUGACAGGCAGUGAUCGGAUUCCCAUCUACGGCAUGGCCAGCCUGCAGAUUGUCAUCCAGUCCACAGCCAGCGGGGAGGAGUACUUGCCAGUGGCCCACACUUGCUACAACCUUCUUGACCUCCCCAAGUACAGCAGCAAAGAGAUUUUGAGUGCCCGGCUGACCCAGGCCCUUGACAACUAUGAAGGGUUUAGUUUGGCCUGAGGCUCCUCAGCUUGUCCAAUAUUUCCCUUCCUUCCUCAAUGUCCACAUUGAGACCUAUACAGAAAAUCAUGGGGAGUGAUUUCUAUUUUUUUAUUGUCUAAGUGGGUUGGGACUUUAAAAUCCUGAGCCUGGUUGAUGUGUUUCUGGGAUUGUAUAGCAGUAAACAACCUUUUUGAAAAAUUAGGGGUUGGGGAUGGGGUAAAAAAUUGGCCCUUGUAUGGGAGGUGUUUUUGUUUGUUUUGUUUUAAACCAAACUACCCAGUAUUCCUUGCACUUGUGAAUGUGUUGCACUCUGCUGGAUGAAAUGGCAGUGGAUUUUUAAACUUUCAUUUCCCAAAUAUCUCUCUCAGCCCUGAUCUUUUCUCACAAUGCUUCCUUGUCCUUCUUUUAACUUCUCAUUCCUCUAUGAGAAUGAUUUAGACUGAUCCGCCCUUUCUUAUCUGCGCAUGCAAGAACAUCACCUUCCUCUGUACACUUGGGAAUGCCUCUGGCUUGUUGCAGCCCUCCUUUAACCCAAAGGAGGAAAGGACUACUUCAGAAUCUCCCAAUUCCAAAAAGCUGACUCUGGGUCCAUUAUUUUGGCAGAACUCCUAAGAAUUUAUGGGAGCCUAUAUAAACAUAUCUUGCUUUUAAAAAGUUCUUGAGGGAAUAGCAACUUUCCCAUGGCUGUGCCUAUUUCCUAGACCUUUUAAAAGAUGUGCAGAGCAGCUUAGCAUUCAUUGUAGCUGAGCCUAAUUUUGUUUUCUUGCUCAUCCUUUUCCCUUUGACAAUGAGGUUAAUUGAUAGACCCAUCACCCCUUCCGCUCUCGCUUUUGGAGCAAAUUGCAUUAACUAUUUUGAGUCUCUAUAUUGUCCAAGAAAAGUAGAAAUAAUAAAUUUACUUUCCCCUUUUCUAUCACCUUAUGUCCUCUACUAUUUUCUCCUUGCUCCCUUCCCUAAUUUUCUCCUUUUCAUACCCUGCUUCCUCCCUGAUUUUCCUUUCGUUUCUUCUUUAUUUUAUCCCAUUCUUUGUUACUUGACUCAGUGCUCCCUUCCUCUCCUCUCCUAGUGGAUGCAUGCAGCCUUUUUUUCAAUUUUUAUUUAAAUUGCAAAAUUUUUACUCAGAUUUUUUUCCUCUUCCCUAAUUGCUAAGAUUUAAGGACGUUCUUUAUUAUGAAACUUUAUCACAUUCGAAAUGUUUGUUUACAGUGGGAUUUUAGGGGGGAUUGUGUUUAAAUCAAAUAUAUGUAUUUUAAAAAUAAUGACAUGCUCAACCUUCCUCAUCAUGGAGUAAGAAAAUUCUACAUGAUUAAAGAAUCCAUGUAAGUCUAAUUUUAAAUUCCUGGUAACUAGAGAAAAGACUUAUUUAUAUAAAAUGAAGUAUUUAUGAACUGUGAUAAAGCAUCAAAUCUUGAUGAAGGAUUGUAGAUUUUUGCUUUUUUUGUUUUUAAAACUUAUUCCAAUUGCUAAAUUGGUAGUUUUUCAGUCUUUAUAAAUACAGGAUUAAAAAUAUAUAUACAGUUAUAUGAAAUGUUUAUUUUCUAUGUGUGUGCAUAUAGUUCAAUAUUAUGCAAUAAAUUUGGUGUUUUAACUUAAAA